AAAGCAUAUUGUUAAUGAUUUAUUGCAUAAAAAAAUAAUUCAACCACACAAAAGUCAAAACAAAUAAAAAAACUUCACACACAAUAUAUAGACUAAAACAUCUUUGAUUUCCCUACACCUUCCUCUUUUUUUCACUCUUUCUCCAUAUCCCUUCCAAAAAUGAAGUUCCAAGACAAAGAGCAUCUCUAUGGGAACAAUAACAAAAAACAAAUGAUCCCAAAAAUAAUUCUAAUAGCAAUUCUUGUCACAAUUAUUGUUCUUGUGACCCCUUUGUCUUAUCCAUUGUUUGGUUCAUCUUUGAUGAUGAACAAGUCUAUGCAAUCAUCAACCUCAUCAAAUGUUGAUUCAAUUAAAAAAGAAACUUUACCUUCAACAUCUUUGAAAAAUUGUGACAUUUUUAGUGGUGAAUGGGUGCCAAAUCCAAAAGCACCAUAUUAUACAAAUAAAACUUGUUGGGCUAUUCAUGAGCAUCAAAAUUGUAUGAAGUAUGGAAGGCAAGAUUCUGAUUUCAUGAAGUGGAGAUGGAAGCCAAAUGAGUGUGAAUUACCAAUUUUCAAUCCUUUUCAAUUUCUUGAAAUUGUUAGAGGAAAAUCAAUGGCUUUUGUUGGAGAUUCUGUUGGUAGAAAUCACAUGCAGUCAUUGAUUUGUCUACUAUCAAGGGUGGAAUGGCCCAUUGAUGUAUCAUACACACAUGAUGACUAUUUCAUGAGAUGGAAAUACCCAAGUUACAAUUUCACCAUAGCUUCUUAUUGGACACCAUUUCUUGUCAAAGCAAAACAAGAAAGUUCAGAUGGCCCAACUCACACUGGUCUCUACAAUAUUUACCUUGAUGAAGUUGAUGAAAAAUGGACAUCAGAAAUUGAAGAUUUUGACUAUGUCAUAAUCAAUGGUGGACAUUGGUUCACCAAACCAAUGGUAUUCUAUGAGAAAGGAAAAAUUGUUGGUUGUCAUUAUUGUCUCUUAGAAAAUGUCACUGAUUUAACAAUGUAUUAUGGCUAUAGAAAGGCUUUUAAGACAACAUUUAAAGCCCUAAAUAAUUUAGAAAAUUAUAAGGGUGUUACAUUUCUUAGGACAUUUGCACCAUCACAUUUUGAGAAUGGUUUAUGGAAUCAAGGUGGGAAUUGUGUUAGGACUAAACCAUUUAAGAGUAGUGAAGCAAGAUUAGAGGGUACUAAUAUGGAGUUAUAUAUGAUCCAAUUGGAGGAGUACAAAAUUUCUCAAAAAUUGGCAAAAAGAAAUGGUUUGAAAUUUAGGUUAUUUGAUACAACACAAGCUAUGUUAUUGAGACCAGAUGGUCAUCCUAGUAGAUUUGGACAUAGGCCAGAAGAUAAUGUGACAUUGUAUAAUGAUUGUGUUCAUUGGUGUUUGCCUGGUCCUAUAGAUACAUGGAGUGAUUUUUUGCUAGAAAUGUUGAAGAUGGAGAGGGUGAAAUCUAAGAAAGAGAGGCCUCAUAUAGAGUGACAAUUAGAUUGAUUUGAAAUGUUACUUUUGUAUGGCUAAUUAAUUAUUCUUAUAAACUAUAUAUCAUUGUCAUA